CUACAGAAGAUCCCAGGCGCCCAGGCCUCGCGCCGCGGCAGGCCUCGAGCCGCGGCAACAUCACUCACCCGUGUCGCGCACGUUCCGCGACAGCGACAGAGACUCGCCCAUCAACCCUUCGCGCCGUGUCAAUGUUCCGCGCCGCGGCGCAUUCUCUUCACCACGCCGCGGAAGUACAUAACGCCGUGACAUGCAACUCCCAGGACAGCACCCUCCGCGCCGCGUCGUCCCCACGAGAUGAGCAGAGGUCCAACGCUCACCCGUCGCGCCGCGAGAAGCUCCACGCCGUGAUGCCCCUCUCUGUCGCGCCGCGCAGAAGUUCCGCGCUGCGACGCAUGCUUCCCAGCACGCCCAAUGCCAC